UUUACACCGUUUGACUGAUGCAACAAGAAAAUAGGAUCCACGAAAGUUGCAUUUACGAAAUGUCAAAAUUGAAUCAUCUGUUCAUUUCGAGUUGAAAAGUAAUGAAAAUGGUGGUUGAACAUCAAGUAAAAGGUUAUGAAGAAUUCACUAAAUUAGCUGAAAGUCUGGAAGGCUCAGGACAAACAAUUCAUGUUUUCUUUACCGGCGGAAAAGAACAACAAACUGGCUUAAGUUGGUGUUCGUAUUGUGUCAAAGCCGAACCAGUGGUGUACGAAUGUCUAAAGUAUUCUGACGAGGAGAGUUUUUUCAUUCACGUUGAUGUUGGUGACCGGGAGUUCUGGAAGGAUUCUAAUUGUCCGUUCCGGAAAGAUCCUCGAACUCAUCUGGUUUACUUACCGACUUUGCUUCGAUGGAAAUCGCCACAGCGUUUAGAUGGAGAGCAAUGUUCCGUUGACAAACUUGUUGAAAUGCUUUUCGUGGAUGAGGUUUAGGAUCUCGGGAAAUACAAAAAUACCACUCCGCCGAUAAUAAUGAAGACCAUCGACUAAAUGUUAUGCAUGUACCACAUUGUCCAUUUAGGUUAACAGAAUUAUACAUUUUUACCCUUUUUAAGUCAA